AUGCAAGGCAUAUGCAAGGUCGUUAUGUAUCAUGACUCGGCAAUAGGCUCAGCAAAUGACAAUAAUCCAUCACUGUCAGACACAUCAACGAAAAUCAAACCAUUAUCAAGAUCAGAAGUAGCCACAUCAAAACAUCAAAAAUCUUCUUCACCAUCUGUGUCAUCUAGUAACACAGAUGAAUUAACUACACCAUUUCCAAAACCAGUUCAGAAUGAACCAUGUGUUGAAUCUAAAACAAAGUCAUCAAAUAACAGUAGAGAAGCUCAACAGUCACAAUCUACCCUAAUGAAUACGCAACAAUCACAGUUUUGCACUGAUAGUGGGCUUGCUUCAGCUGGCAGUUCACUUCGUUCAUUAAAUUUUGUUACUUCAAAUAUCAGAGUCGAAUAUCAAGAUUUCAUUUUAACUGGCAUGACCCGAAGCAACAACGUUAUUAAACUAAGAUCUCAUGAUUCUUCAUUAUACUCAGUUUCAUUAAGUAAUGAACCAAACAAGGAGUGUGUUCCAUUACUUAAAUUUAUUACAAAUCUAACAACCAGUGAUAUAUUUAAAGGCAAGCAGACAAAAUAUCUUGACCAAGAACACGGUCCUCUAAUAAUGAUUGUUUCAUAUGGUAAAAUCUAUUUAAAAUCAGAUAAUCAGUCACACCCUCUAAAAUACAUCAGUGAUAUUAUAAAAGGACUAAAUGAAAAUAAACUUCAAGUUGAAGUUGUAACAGCGAAUAUCGAUUCAUUAAAACCCAAGGGAAUUGAUGACAAAAAACAGCCAUGGGAAUAUCUAUUCGACUGCAAAAAUGAAGAACAACUUACUUAUUAUUCAUUAACUUAUGAUCAAAAGAAGAAAUUGAAGAAAAUAUCCGUAUUUCACUCAUGGUGGAAAUGCUAUAUUAAGGAUGUUCAUGAUGAUAAUCACUACGAUACCAUCUAUGAAUUUCGUUCACAACAAGUUUACGAGGAAAAAAAUUCAUUAUUCAAAGAUCUUGUUCAACAGAUAUUUAGUAAUCCCACCGACACAGAUUUAUUGGAAGGUACUGCACCACGUAUUGAAUGGAAGCCUAUACUAAAACCAAUUGUACAACCAAUAUCAUUAAAAAUGAUUGCACGUCUUCAUGUUCAGCCGUGUGAUGGUACUGGUGCUGGUGGUUAUUUUAAUUCAGUCAAAAAUAUUGGACUGGAAAAAGAUGCAAAAACACAAAAAAUUAAAUCUGAUGAUACAAUGGAAUUUCGUGUGACACCAGUGCCAAUUAAUAACAAAGAGCAAAUGGUACAAUUGUGUACUCUAGCAGAAAAUACCGAACUAACAUAA